AUGGUGGCUAAAGAAUUCUACUCACAUCAAGAAGUAGGGAAUGAAGAAAGUACUUUGCUACAAGAUGAGUAUGAUGAUUAUGAAGAAGAAGAAACUUUAUCACUUUGUGACCUUCCAAAUUCCACAAUUUCACCUCAACGGGGUGAUUUUUCCAAUUAUGGCAAGGAUCACCAUGAUGAUGAUGAUGAUGAUAACUUGUUUGAGUUUUUCAGUGAAGAAUUCAACACUUCAACAAUUCAUGACAACAUAAUCUUCUGUGGCAAACUCAUUCCCUUCAAAGAUCAUCAAUAUGUUCCUCAUAACCAAAAAAAUUGUGCUAAACCCACUUCAAAUUCAAAGGCCAUGAAAUCUAGUAAUGGUUCUAUAGCUAACUUGAAGAGUAAGAGAAAUGAAGAAGAAGUAAAGGGUAGUGUGAAUGUAAAGAGUUUUGCUGGUGACUACACAUCAAUGGGAGGGAAGGUUUCACUUGUGAGGAGUCCGACAAAAUCUAGAUGGUUUUUGUUUAUGUUUGGAAUGUCGUCGAGUUCCAGGAUGUCUUCCAAGGAGAUGCAGCUUAGUGACAUUAGAAAUAGACAGAGCAGAAGUCGGAGGGAGCCGAUGACGAUGUUUCCGACACCGGAAAAUGGGAAAGAAGUUGUUAAGAGUAAGAGAAAUGGGAAUAGUAAAGGGAUGUGGAAGAUUUUGAAGUCAAUUUCAUUGGUUUUAGGAUGCAGUAGUAGUAAACUUGCUAAUGAUGUAGUAAAGGCUGCUUUUGUGUGA